UUGCUUGUGUCCAGGACUACAGGGGAUGAUGGGGUGAGAGCAGAGAAAGUCAGGGACAUAGUGAGCUUUGCUUGCACAGGAAGGGUUUGCCUGCACUGUCAUCUCCUUGGCUCUGCUGGAAAACUGUAUGUGAGGGAGAUAUGGGGGGUCUGAGCACAGAUGGCUAUUGCCCUGUGAGAUGCAGGAAGCAUUGUUUAUGGGUGUGCACCAUGGAAUCCCCUGCUUGGACUGCACUGGGGGCAGGCAGUGAGUCUUGGUACAGAAGUAGCUUUUAUUAUUGAUUGGUGAAGCCCGUUGCAGAUCUGAAAGCAUCUUAAUAGUCUGAAAUCAUGGCUCUUCGUCAAGAAAAAUUUGAUUUGGAACAAAAGGGAGACACUCGAGACCCAAAACUACUGCCUGUGUUGAGGAUGGAAAGGAGGCCUUCAUCUGCCGCAUGUCUGAGUCACUCUGGGGAGUUUUCUCCACGGUCAGUGUGAGUCAUAGCGAAUCAUUGUUGGGUUGUGACUUCAGAAGCAGUGAACGCUCUCUCAGACUGUAUUAAUAGAAGUAGAUGCCUCACAGGAAAGGAGGUGGCAGUGCUACUGUGCAAGUCACAGAGCCCUGCGUGGUCUGGUUUCCAUUUUGGGCGUGGCUCCUAAGCGGGGACCUCUGAAGGGACCAGGAGCAGCUGUUCGGCUGCCCGCUCAGUUGUGCCUGCUGUCUACUGAGGCGUGGGAUGCAGACUUGCAGCCAUGAGCACACAGUCCAGCCAUGGAAGGAGGCUUCAAGAAUCUUCCAGUGCCCGGGGGCUGGAGAAGGCCAGGCAGCAGCUGCAGGAGGAGCUCCGGCAGGUCAACGGUCAGCUGCUGGAGGAGAGGAAGAAGCGUGAGACACAUGAGGCGCUGGCCCGGAGGCUCCAGAAACGGGUCCUGCUGCUCACCAAGGAGCGGGACGGCAUGCGGGCCAUCCUGGGCUCCUAUGACAGUGAGCUGACCCCAGCCGAGUACUCGCCCCAGCUGACCCGGCGCAUGCGGGAGGCCGAGGACAUGGUGCAGAAGGUGCACAGCCACAGCGCCGAGAUGGAGGCUCAGCUGUCGCAGGCCCUGGAGGAGCUGGGAGGCCAGAAACAAAGAGCAGACAUGCUGGAGAUGGAGCUGAAGAUGCUAAAGUCCCAGUCCAGCUCUCCUGAGCAAAGCUUCCUGUUCUCCAGGGAGGAGGUGGACACGCUCAGGUUGAAGGUUGAGGAGCUGGAGGGUGAGCGGAGUCGGCUGGAGGAGGAAAAGAGGAUGCUGGAGGCACAGCUGGAGCGUCUCACGCUGCAGGGUGACUAUGACCAGAGCAAGACCAAAGUGCUGCACAUGAGCCUGAACCCUGCCAGUGUGGCCAGGCAGCGCCUGCGUGAAGACCACAACCAGCUGCAGGCGGAGUGCGAGCGGCUGCGAGGGCUACUGCGCACCAUGGAGAGAGGCGGCACCGUCCCAGCUGACCUUGAGGCCACUGCAGCAAGUCUGCCAUCGUCCAAGGAGGUGGCAGAGCUGAGGAAGCAGGUGGAGAGCGCCGAGCUGAAGAACCAGCGGCUCAAGGAGGUUUUUCAGACCAAGAUCCAGGAGUUUCGCAAGGCCUGCUACACGCUCACUGGCUACCAGAUCGACAUCACCACAGAGAACCAGUACCGGCUGACCUCGCUGUAUGCCGAGCACCAGGGUGACUGCCUCAUCUUCAAGGCCACCGGCCCCUCGGGCUCCAAGAUGCAGCUGCUGGAGACGGAGUUCUCUCGCACAGUGGGAGAGCUCAUCGAGGUGCACCUGCGGCGCCAGGACAGCAUCCCUGCCUUCCUCAGCUCUCUCACCCUCGAGCUCUUCAGCCGCCAGACCAUGGCCUAGCCCAAAGCCUCAGGGGCGCAGCCAGAGCCGCUCUGCUCGGCCUGACCUGCAGGUCCCCUGCCCUGCAGGCACAGAUGAUGGGGUGUAGUCCUGCCUCUCCAGCCCAGCAGGCCAGCAGCAAGACUGACAGACAUGCUGGGACUUGUCGGACAUCCUGCUGGGCAGCCACACCCUCCCCACAUGCAAACCCCAACAUCCCAGAGGCUGGUGGGCGGUGUCAGCCACCAGCCCUGGCUCCUCGCUUUGUAAAAUAAAGUCUUCUCCCCAGACA